UCCAGCCUUGAUCUCACAAAGUACUGGGAUUUUAGGAACAGUUUGAUGUUUGCCAGAGGAGUGUUCACAGUGACCUUAUAGAACAUGACUAUACCGUGAACAAUGAGAAGCAAUUGUAUAUUUAAAAUCAUUCCUAGGGAAAACUUGGACAGAAUCUUCUGGGAUUCUUCUGUAUCCUCUGACUGCUUUCCCAUCUUUCUCCCCAUAGGCCGCCCUGACCCUCCAUCAGGAUUAAAGGUUGUGAGUCUGACCCCACACUCUGUGGAGUUGGAGUGGAAGCCGGGCUUUGAUGGGGGCCUGCCACAGAGGUUCUGCAUCAAGUAUGAGGCCCUGGGGACUCCAGGGUUCCACUAUAUGGAUGUCCUACCACCCCAGGCCACCACCUUCACACUGACUGCUCUGCAGCCUUCUACACGAUACAAGGUCUGGCUGCUGGCCAGCAAUGCCUUGGGAGACAGUGGACUGGCUGACUAGGGGACCCAGCUUCCCAUCACUACCCCAGGUGGGAAAGAAGGCUUGAGCAGGUUGGAGUGUGCCUCAGAGGAUGUGUAGGGUAGUACAGUGAAGUCAAUACAAUUCCCUUUUUAUGAUGAGUUACUGAGGCCUAGAGCUGUUAAACAAAUUGUCCAAGGUCACACAGCUAGUAAAAGAUAAAGACGAGACUGAAACUCGGGCAGAUGAACUGGAGACCAGCCGUUAACCACAACCCAUACUGUCUGAAUGUGAUUAAUGACCAAGGGAAAUUAGAAAACAGUUUGAAUUAAAUGAAAAUGAAAACAUAUAAAAAUUUGAGGUUGCAGUUAAAGCAGUAU